UUUGCAAGCAGGUCUUGGAUCGAUUGGGUUCUCGUCGCAAACGUGCGCUCCUUUUUUUGCGUUCGACUUACUCUAAACAAGAGACUUUAGUAGCACUGUAGACAGUGCUGCGAAGAGUAUUAAGUACGGGCAGAUGUAGACUGGAGUAGAUGUGUAUACACACAAAGUUUGUUGGUGUAACUGACAGUAGGCGCGCGUGCAGCCACCCGAGAAUCAACCCACCCAAAAGGCCUUCAUUUCCUUCCUCUCCUCUUGCUACCAACCAAAGCUUCAGACUCCAAACACCAAAAAGCAAGCAAGAAACAAACCCAGAGAAUCGAAUCUGAGAUCUCUCUCCAACAGAAUGGCCACCGAUGCGAUCCUGGAGACGAUCAAGCCGCGCCGGAGCCUGUCGCGGGAGGACCUCCCGGUAACCCACGCCGCCUCCGCCUCCGGCAAGGGCAAGGCGGGCGGCGACCUGGACCUGUCCGGGAUGCGACGCCGCGUGUCGUCGUCCCUGUCGGCGCGGAUCCGGCCGCUCUCGUCCUCCUCCUCCUCCUCCUCGGCGGCGCUGUUCCGGCGCGCGCGGUCGAUGCCGUCGAUCAAGGCGCUGGCGGCGGCGGGCGCGCUGCGGCGGUGGUGGGAGUGGGGGCUCGGGUGGGUCAUGGCGCGGAAGCCGCCCUUCGCGCGCGGGUUGGAGAUGAGCGACGACGAGGCCAAGGCGCUCGGCGGGUGCCACUGCCGCGGCACGCUGCGGCACGUCUUCUUCAGGGCCCGCGCCGAGGUGCGCCGCCUCCUCGGCCGCGACGGCCGCCCCGUCGCGAGCUCCGCGCAGGACUUCAGGUACGACUCCGACAGCUACGCCCAGAACUUCGACGAUGGCGGCGAUGCCCACGCCAGAUGCUAGCGGCAGCUGCGGCUGAGCGCCGCUUACCUUCCCGCAUUCUGCCGUUCUCGGCGAAAUUGAUGGAUGCGGCAUUGCGUGCACAGAGUUGCUCCUCUGCUUCUGCGUACGCGGGAAUAAACGGGACGAAUUGUUCCUUGGUGGUAAAAUGUAUAGUAAGUACAGUAUACGAUGCGUGAUUGUUUCUCUCUGUGUGUGUGAGCGGAUCAUGAUAUACCAUCAUGUUCUUUCACUCUUGUUUCUUCCGAUUCGUUUUCUGAUCCAUGUAAGUAAACCGACCAUGAUGGUGGUCGAUUCGAUCUUGGACCGGCAAAAAUGUACAUACUCUAUGUGUUGAAUGCUCCUGCCGUCCUGCGACACCAUGCAUAAGCAAAUCAAUGAACGGACAUUUCUGAAAUCGGAACCAAAUGGCAUAGAGAGCAUGUACUGUACUACUCGGACGAACAGAGCAGAUGAGCGGAUAUUCGGAUCGGAUGCUGUUUUAGUUUAUUUAUUUUUCCCUCGUGGGAUUCAGAUUCAGAUCUGGUUGUUCCGGUGGUGGUGUUGUUGGUUCAGGGUCCCUUUCCAUUCCAGCCGCGCGCGUACCGCGACGCGGGAGCUACCGUUUCUUCUCUGGGGAGCUGUUAAGCUGCAGGUACAGAUUUCCUGUUUGUUUACGGCGAACUGAUCGAUCUGGGAGAGGUUGUGGGGGAGAUAGACGUACAGAGGGAAGAUGAUGAAUGAUGAUGGCGAGUGGGAGCCGGACCAACCGUGGAAGGUGGCUGUCGUCGUCUUCAUUGCACGAUCAUCGGCGUUGGGGCCAGCGGUAUGAAGGAUGAUAUUUGUCCAGGUCACCUGGGCUGAGCUGAGGACGAUUCUGAGAGCCUGAGAAUUGAAACUGAGUUGCUGCUGGUGCUGCUGCUUUUCUUUUUCUUUUUUCUUUUGAGGGGGGCUCAGCUGCUGCUGCUAGCCGACGUGUCCACGACUACAAGGUCACGUGCGGGGGGAGUCGUGGGGAUUCCGAGGCGAGGGCCACACGACGGGCCGUCUCGAUGCAGACUUUUCUUUUGUUUUUUUGACUUUUGACUACCGGUUUGUUUGCGGGCCGCGGCGGGCAACCACGGCUUUGACUCCUUGAGGUUUAGGAGCUCCUUCGGGCCUGGCCCAAGAAGAUCAUCGGGCUAGCAAAAUCGUCCGAUUUUGCUAGCGCCCAGGCGCCUGAUUUUUUUGAGAAAACCAGUCGAUUUCUGGGCCGUCCAUCACAUGCAUCAAGAUCCGUAAAAGCUUGGUUGGAUUUUCCUUUUCUUUUAGCUCACACAGCGGCGUCGGGUGGUCUGUCUCUACCCAUUCCCAACUACCAAGCCGCAUGCCGCCGCCGCUCCUUCUGCGCCCUUCGCGGGCUCGUCGCCGCCGCCGCUCCUUCUGCGCCCCGGGAUCGUCGCUGCUACCGGCCGUCUCCCCUGCUACAUGCCGCACGCGCGCCGCCGCUGAUCCUUAUGCGCCGCCGCCGCGGCCACGUCACGGCAGAGGGGGUCCUAGGCGGUUCUGUUUUCUGUCCCCGUCUGGUGAGUUGCGCCAUCCCCAUCCGGAGAGGUCCAGGAGCUCGUCUUCCUCUGGUCACGGCCGCCCCUCGCGUCGCCGCACACGUCCCUGCCCGGCGGCUCGGGGUCGGCGUUGUCGCAGCCGCUCCACCUCGACGGCCUCGGCGCAGACGAGCUCGAGUGUUUCGGGAGAGUGCGAGGUGGAGGCGACAUGGUGUUCGGUGAGUCCCCCGUCGGCGUCUCUAGCUUUUGUGCGAUCUGCGAUUUGCUUUGCAGCGUUUUGCCCUGAUUUUUUGAUCUCACUUAUGUGUGGGGAGGCAAAGACAGCAGAGGCGGGGGAGGAUUUGGAUCUGCGCUCGUCGGCGGUGAGGUCUGGUCUGCUAUCCGCUGAUUUUGCUUCCCUCUUCGCGGCGAAUUUGGCGAGGCAAAGGCAGUAGAGGUGAGGCGUGUCAUCAGUGGCGCAGGGUGUUCUCCACGCAUUGGAGGCCAAGAGAGGGAGGAGGUGAAGAUAGUAGAUGUGAUUUUCAUCUCUGCUCGUCUUCGAGGAAGUCUGCGACGGCUCCGUCCGGGUACAGCACAAGCCCAGAACCGGAAAGAUUUUUUAGCUGAAGCAAAGUCUGACAUAAUGUAACCUGGGGCUGUUAUGUGUGAAUCAUGUCCAGAUCCUUGCAUGAUAUAUGUAUUGUAUUUUUCAGGCAAUAUGGAGCCGGAUUUAUUUUAGUCUGAGCAACAUAGAGAAGCAUGUGUCCAUUUUUUGCUGCUUUUACAUAUCCAGGGAUUUGUUUCUGGCGCCCAAAAACAUAUUCCAGGGGGUUUAAACUUGUGUGUUGGCUCAUAUCUAAAGUGACUGCUUUUUGUUGAA